AUGGUGGAGAUGCUGCCAACUGCCAUUCUGCUGGUCUUGGCAGUGUCUGUGGUCGCCAAAGAUAACUCCACGUGUGAUGGCCCCUGUGGGUUGCGGUUCAGGCAGAACCCUCAAGGGAGCUCCAGAGUGAUCGGAGGGCAUGUUGUGCAGAAUGGGGCCUGGCCCUGGAUGGUCAGCCUUCAGGUCUACCAGCCCCACAACAACCGCAGGUACCACUCGUGUGGAGGAUGCCUGCUGAAUUCCCACUGGGUGCUGACAGCUGCUCACUGCUUUGACAACAAGAAAAGAGUCUAUGACUGGAGACUGAUUUUUGGAGCACAGGAAAUUGAAUAUGGGACAAACAUGCCAGUGAAUGAUCCUCUGCAGGAGAGAUAUGUGGAGAGAAUCAUCAUCCACGAAAAAUACAACAUUGUGACCGAGGGGAACGACAUUGCUCUCUUGAAGGUCACCCCUCCUGUUCCAUGUGGGCCUUUCAUUGGGGUAGGCUGCCUGCCCAAUUUUAAGGCAGGCCCUCCCAAAGUUCCCCAGACCUGCUAUGUGGCUGGCUGGGGAUACAUAAAGGAGAAGGCCCCCAGGCCAUCGCCUGUACUGAUGGAGGCUCGUGUGGACCUCAUUGACGUCGACCUGUGUAACUCGACCCAGUGGUACAGUGGGCGUGUCAUGUCAAGCAACGUGUGCGCAGGGUAUCCCGAAGGCAAGAUCGACACCUGCCAGGGGGACAGCGGCGGGCCUCUCAUGUGCAGAGACAACGACCAAAGCCCCUUUGUUAUCGUGGGGAUCACGAGCUGGGGGGUAGGCUGUGCCCGCGCUAAGCGCCCUGGAAUCUACACGGCCACCUGGGACUAUCUGGACUGGAUUGCUUCCAAGAUCGGUCCGAACGCCUUGCACAUGAUUCAGCCGGCCACCCCACCUCCUCCUACUCGACCCCGGCCCCCACCCCGACCCAGCUCCCGGCCGCCCUCGGCUCACCGUCCUUGGUACUUCCACCAGCCUCGCCCACCCCGGCCCGUUCCCCUGCUUCCACUCCAUACUCCAGCCUCGUCUCCGUCCCGGAUCCCGGCCCCCCCCCCCCCCCCCGCCCCCCCCCCCCCCCCGCCCCCACCGCCACCGCCACCGCCACCGCCACCGCCACCGCCACCGCCACCUCCUCCAAGGCCUUCCACCAAACUUCCCCAAACACUUUCUUUUGCCGAGCGACUUCAGCGUCUCAUAGAGACCCUGAAGCGGAAGGAUUAUUCCAGCUCCCAGACCUCUUAUGACACCGAGACCAUCGAGCUUCCAGGAUCCAUAUCCUGA